AUGGAUCCGCUGACUGCCUUCAGCCUUGCCGCUAACAUCGUGACAAUUGUCGAUGUUACUGCAAAGGUUGUGCAGACGACACGAGAAAUCUCGACCGCUGGUGGAAAGACCGAAUUUGUUGACAUUGAAUCCCAAACAAAGAUUGUUCAGAGUCUUCUCGACCGUUUAAAGCCAGCCUUGGAUGCCGGCGACGUACCCUCUGAAGACGACCAGAGCCUGAUCCAGUUGUGUGAACAGAGCAAAAAUGUCUCAGAGCAAGUUCUCCACAUUCUCGACAAGUGCAAGUUCCCCCAAGGCACCGGCAAGCUCUCUAUCGACAGCUUUUGGAGAGCAAUCCGGAGCGAGUGGAACCAAAAUGCGAUCAAAGACCUACAGGACCGGCUCGAGAGCAUAGCCGCAAAAGUGCAUAGGCUCGUGACGGUGCGAUAUGCUGUCAAUAUUCUCGAAGCACUCAAAGCCGUCGAGCAACUGUGUACUACAAUAGGAUCGAGCCACGUCGCAGAGCUGCAAAAUCUUCACCGGUCCAUACAGCAACUCUUGGAAGCACAGAAAUCACAAAAGGAAGGUGGCUAUUCUCACCCAGCAAAUGGAUCCUAUCCCGAGGAAAGGGAUUCUAUCUCUCGUGCCGGACAAUCGGACUGUGCCGAAGCAGUGGUCACCAGCAGACUACUCAUGCGCCGAGCUGCAGAGACUGGAGGUCUUGGGAAAGAUUACGCGAUUCAGGCUGGUAUCCUUGAUAUUGCUGCAUACGUUCGUGACACACUAGGGAGCCACCCGUUCUUCAAAGGCAGUGAUGAGAAGGACACGUUAGGAGCUGAUCUCAUUCAGAGUGUGGUAAACAGAUCUAACGGUGUAUUCUUGUGGGUUCGACUGGUGGUGGACGAGCUGAGCGAGGGCCUUACGAAUCAAAACACCAUCGCUAAGCUUCAGCAAAAACUGGACCAGUUGCCUCAAGAACUGGAGCUUUUCUACGACCACAUGCUCAACAGGGUCGCUAAGCCCGACCAUGGUGAUUCAGCCCAAAUGCUCAUCGUGGCGGUCGAGGCACAGGACCUGCUGGCCCCGAUGGCGUACUGGUUCAUCAGCGAGGGCCAACAACAGCUCGCAGUCGACCAGGAAGUCAAGCCAACAGGUUUUCGCCACAACAUCCAGCGUCGAAGAGCUAUCGAGGCGCGAUUGCAGAAUUUCUGUCGGGGCUUGUUGGUUGUACAGGACGUCCCCUUGGGCCCGAAGUUCGUGGCCGUGUCCUCCAGCUCGCUCUUCGGUCAAUGUGUCAUUUUCCUGCACCGCACGAUUCGUGAAUGGCUCAGCCUACGCGAGGUACAGCGACGUCUAGACGGCUGGAGACGAGACGACUUCGACAUCGACGAGAUCAUUUGCUCGGCAGUGCUUGCCCAGGUUCGGACGUCACCAACCGAAAAGGAAUACUUCGACCAAGACGGUCCGAUCGAGAACCUGUUGAAGACCUUCGUAGCUCACCAUACACGUCUCUAUCCGCGACGGACUGCUCAGGCCGAGAAGUUCUGGGAAGGAAUGACAGCCGUCCUUGCGAAGCAAAGCAUUAAUGGCCACAGCUUGCGUCUCGAUUCUCCAGUCGCUCAAGCUACUACCAAUGAGAACUCACCAGAUCCAGUUGCAGAGUCAGUCGUACUGCAUGUGAAUGCGGUCGGUGGGAGCCCUGCGACCGACGUCAAUGGCAGUGCUGACCAUAACUGGAAGCCAUCGUGUCAUGAUCAACCUGGAAUUGCAUCCGCUGAUUCGUUGACUCAGAAACGAAACUUGAUUCCGGUGAUCGGAAAAGAGAGGUUUAAGAGAUUCACCCGGUGGAAAGUCCGGUAG